UACAGUGUGAACGUAUAAUGACAAUUGAGUUGUGUAUAAUGUGCCUAAUCGAAUACCUUUUACAUAAAUAAAUACAGUCAUACAUAUUUUAAAAUCCAUGGUUCAAAUAAUGUCUGCCGAAAAUAAUUACUCCACUAGGAACAUGUGCACGUUUGAACGUCGAAAAAAGUGUUAGGUACACACUUUAUACUGUUCCGAGCUUAUAAUAUUUCCAAUUCUGUUUUAUCAAAGUCUCGGUUUUUUGUUUAUGAUGAAAUUUGUGUUAAUCGUGGUUAUAUUUAUAUCUUUACAAUAUAAGUCUUCUCAAUAUGGCAUGAUGUUAUCUCCGUUGUUUCGGCCAUACUACAAUACAGAUAGGUACUCACAGACUAUGUACGGAUACCCGCAAACCACUGCAUUCUAUAGUGUCUAUAGAAAUGAUAUCCCGGAAAACAGGAGUAAUCUUAUUCCAAAAAAGACGAGAAAUGUUGAACAAACGCCAAGUCAACAGAAUGAGAUGCAAGAAAUGCAAUUAAGGUUAGAUUUAUUAAGGAAUCAUUUUAAAAAAAUUCAAGAACCAUCAGCUACUAAUAAUUCACCAAAGACAGAAACUAAUCCAAAUGUUGCAAUCUACAAAGGAAAACCUACAAGAAAAACAUCGGCAUCGUUUAGAUCAGCAUCUGUGUAAUAUAUUAAUUAAAAAAAAUAAAUCUAAUUAACCAAGUGAUAAUAAUUAUAAUAGUAAGUAAUUUGAUAUUGACAAUUUUAAAAAUAUUUAUUAUCAAAUAGAUUACUAUACAGUAUAUUAUAUUAAUUAUAUUAUACAAUUAUUGAUACAUGCCUACUUUUAUAAAAACAUGAAAAAAUUAACAAAGAUUGUCAUAAAUAACUAUUAUUAUUAAAAAUUAAAUGCAUUAAUUAGUUUGUUCUGUUUAAUAUAGUAUUAUAUGUAUAUUUUCUGUAAAAUAAGAUGAAUAACAAAAACUGUUGAUUUUCCAAAAUACCUAAUGAAAAAGUUGAAAAUUAAUUUUUUAUAUUGUAUCUAGAAACCAAUAAAUGAAUAAUUGCUAUAAAAUAAAUUAAAUCAUUAUGUAGGUUUAUAAAUUUCAACUGAAUUUUUAGGCUUUUUAGGCUUUGGCUAAAAAAUUACCUACGGAGCUGAAAUUAAUAUACUAAGGGUUUAAUAAUUGUCUGGUUUGGACCGCUUACAAAAAUUAUAACAUUCGAUACUUGUGUUCAGUUUAAAUGAAAUUUUCAUAUAAUAUAAUACGUUUAAUUUUAAUAUGUAUUCAUUCAAAUAAACAAGUUGUAAAAUGAAAA